UUUGUUGGACAAUCAAUCCAUGGCAGUUGGGUGGAUCGUCGACUUCACCACUUUGGCUGCACAGGUCUCCACCACAACCACGAUACCCUGGAACAUACGCUGCCAACUAGCCGGCAGUCUAGAAACCAGAUUUCCAGAUAUUCAGACCAUCACCAAAGACACACUAUGCCAUCUACCGCGGCCUACAUCAAGGCCAUCGCAGGAGGCGGACUCCUGUGCAUCGGCGGCCCUGCACUCGUUAUGUGGGUUACACCUACCGAGGAAGAAAUCUUCAAGAGAUAUAGCCCAGAAUUGCAGAAGAAGGCUCUUGCUGGAAGGGAGCAGAGACAGAAGGACUUUGACGCCUUUGUUGGUCAAUUGAAGGAAGCUUCGCGUUCAGACAAGCCCAUCUGGGCUGCGCAGAAGGAAAUGGAUGCGAAGAGGUCUGAGACAGAACAACAGAUUCGCAGGGAGGAGCGCGACGCAUAUGCUGCGGAGGGCCGGAGAAGACAGGCAGAGAUCCGGGCUAGCACGCAGUAGCAGACCCAUGCUAGAUAACUUUCUUUUCACUGUUGUACAUUUACCUGUAUCAUCAAUCUACGCUUCCAAUAGGACUGGAGUUUUG